UAGCUCUCUACGUCUUUGGCAGUUCGAGAAAUCGGUACCUUAUGAGAACCACCAUUUUGGGGACUAAUUUGUCAAUAACUCUUCAAAGCAAAAACUUUAUGAGCCAAAACUUUGCAAUAAAUUGAGUUAACACAAAAUCCAUAUUGCCUAAAAAUCUCAGACCAAUUGGUCCACGAAUAACGAAAAACGAUUCCUGAGGGGGGGCCUUAAAAAAAGAUCCAUAGCUACUUAAUGAAUUCAUAGCUACUUGAUUAUUGUAUAGCAGCUUCCAACUUUACUAUAAUUAUUCAAAGAUCACACAUUUAUUGAAAGUUUAUGCACGUCUUUAAAGUUUCUACAUCAAUUAAAAAAACGCAUCUCAGCCAUAUUACAAAUGAGAGACAAACCUUAUUAAAUAUGAUUUCACAUAUUUAUCCAAAAAAAUCCUAUUACGUAUCUCUUCCUCUUUUAUAUCAUUAAUACCUCCAAUAUCAUGAACAUUUGAAAGUAAUCUGAAAUAUAAUAGAAAUUCAAAUUUCAAUCAUUUCGAUAAUUUCAUCGUCUCCUAACUAUGAAGACUUACAUGUUUCACUUUCUCUUUAGUACAUCCCUUCCAACCUUCGUGAUCCUUUAUAUCAUUAAUAAUGUUGGUAUCAUAAAUAUUUGAUUAUUCUCAUGACCUCUAUAUAGAUUUACAUUGUGAGUACAAAAUGUUUUGUUUGAAUUUUGUCUUAAAAACAACAUAAUAAUAUUCAUUCAGUAGCUAUGCAAUUUGAUUAAGUAGCUAUAUGAUUCAUUCAGUAGCUGUAUAAUUAAUGCGAUACGAAACAUGAAGCAUUUCUGUAAUCCGUCCCGAGUUUUUUUCUUUCUUUUUUCCUUGACCGUACGCAUCGUUUUCGUCAUUUUGUGACUCGCUGAUCUCGCGAACCGAAAAUCGUAGAAAAAUGGUUAAAGCGUAAGAUCGAACGCUUUGCACCUUUUUAGAAUUUUCAAUCUGAAGUUCAAUUCACUCACAAAUAUGGUUCCAAAAUGACGAAAAUGAAAGAAAUUUGUCGCGAGAUAUUUAAAGUGACGUCAUCAACAUAUGUUAUUCACUAUACUCUACUCAUUUACAACUGAUAUAAGAUAAUGAAUCAUGGAGAUAAUUAAUCGUUCAAUCGAAAUCGAUCUUUAAAAUUUUUUCGAAUUCAUGAUUUUUCGUUGGAAAUCGAGAUUCUUGCUUCGCACCGCAUUUCGUAUACGGGUGAAACUCGAAUACCAUCUAGUUCAUUCAGUAGUUAUACGAAAGCACUAAGUAGCUAUGCUUAAGAAAAUGCAGCAGACUAUAUGAAAAAGAGUAUCUCUUUUGAGAAUGACCCGUUUUGCAUGUAUUUUCGAAUAAAUUUCAAGACCGAGUAUCGACGAACACAAUUUUCAUUUGAGAAUAAACAAGUCUUUUGUUUUUUUCAUAUUUUAGCUGCCAAGUAUGGGUUGUGCAUCAGCAAUAGCAAAGAUCCCAGUAUCAAAAGCAGGGCGAAAAAAUCACAAUAGACAUUUUGGACACUCAGAAGAAAUAUUAACCAAAGAGGAACAUAUCAGUGCGAUGACGAUAGAACAUGAACAGAACACGAAUAUAGAAUACGGUGAAUUCGAUCAAAUACCUCAAAUCUUGUUUGAAGGGGUAUCUUCUCUGAAAACUAUAGGCUGCCCAGGAACUCUCAUUCCGGUGACGAACCAAACACGAGCUGUAAUCUGCGGCGCUGAUUCCAACAAUGUGAUUGCAGCUGCUAGUCUAUUAGGUCGUGGCCGAUGUUUGGUAUUUGCUCAUAGUGGUUAUCCGUACAUGUUCAUUAACGUUGAUGUAGAAGAUCGAAAAUUUGUCGAAAAUUGUCGACUAUGGCUUGCCAAAGGCCGUAAUGCUCAAUUUGUAUUGAUCGAUGACACACAAUCAUUGAGCGAUGUGCCAUUAGACGAGACGAUUCUGGUUUGGAAUGGAGAGUGUAUCAAAAACGAUACAUUUAUGCAAAAUCUGCAUGAUUAUUUGCGGCAAGGUGGUGCUCUAGUUUGUGGAGCAACUCCCUGGGGUUGGCUACAAUUAAAUAGCGGGAAAAUUCUUUCAGAUCUUCCAUUCUUUCAUUUUUGUGAUUUCAUUGGUAUUAAACUAACCGAAAACUACUCCAAUUGUUCCAACCCAAUGCCGUUUCAACUAGAAUUGAUACAAUUCAAAAAUAUUCAUCACGCUACACAGAAACUUGUUGCCGAUCCAACAGAUAUCGAAAGCUUGUGUAUUGUUGGAGGUGCUUGCAAAGAUUUAAAUGUUGAUGUGUCGGGUUUACCAAUUGACAUUCUUAAGAAUAUUGCAAUGAAAGCCGAAAACGAAGUAAUACCAAGCAAUAGUUGUCCGAUUCAGGAUAAAUGUUGCCGGCAAAAGUCGAAUGGCUUAUGUGGUAUUUUAUGUGUAUUAACCAGUACAAAAGCUCCUGGAAUUGCAAACUUCCCAGGCGAUUUUAGUCAUCCACCAGUCACCGAAACGCAUGUUAUUUUUCAUAUUGAAUCGAAUGCAAACGAAUGGUAUUGCACAGGAUACUAUGCUGUUGCUGGUAUUCCCAUACAAAUUGAUGUAUUAGAAUGCAUGGGUGCAAUGGGUUGGUCAAUUAGAAUCGGUUGUCAUAGCGAUCAUCUCGAAAACUGUGAGGAACUGCGUCGAUGGUCAUGUAUUUCAAUAAAUAAACCAUUGGUUGGCAAUAGUAUUCAAAUGAGUUCCGCUUUUGGUGGUCUUAUAUUUUUACAGAGUCCUAAUGGUGAAUCGAACUCAAUUACUGUUCGUCUGCAUCAUGUCGUUCUCACAUUGACCUACGAUUCUAUGGAUCCAAAUCGAGUAGCUAAUUGGCAACAUCGUCGUCAUCAUGCACGAGGACUUUGGGCUGAUAUCGCUGGUCAACAUAUUGUCUUGAAUCUGCCUUCAAAAAGCUUACGUCACUUGAAGAGUACUCAACUAGAUGAAGUUCUGCUGUUCUGGGAUUCAGUAGUGCUUGCUCAUCAUGAACUCCGUGGUACAAAACCAAAGCAUCGUGAGCGUAUCGUUUGCGAUGAACAACCAUCAGCUGGUUAUAUGCAUAGCGGUUACCCGAUUGUAACUCAUAUGGAUGUAACUGAUCCACAAUCAGAUAAAUUCUUAUUUAAUAUUCAUGUUUUGAAGAAAAAAGGUUGGUGGGGUGUUUUUCACGAACUCGGUCAUAAUAUGCAACGAGAUUGGUGGACAUUUGAUGGUACCGGUGAAGUAACUGUCAAUAUUUUUACUCUGCAUGCUAUGAACAUUAUAUGUCAUAUACAACCAUGGAUACAUCCUUGGCUCGAGGAACAAGAAUCCAAUACUCGAAUAUAUAUCGAAAAUGGAUGUAAUUUUGAUGAAUGGAAAGAUGAUCCUGGUAUUGGCCUCAUUAUUUAUGCGCAACUUGCACGAGAAUACGGAUGGGAAACCUAUAAGCAGGUCUUCCGUCAAUAUGAACAGACUCAACCAUAUCUUGAUAGUAAUCAAGAAAAGAUGGAUCAUUGGAUUGAAAUUUUUUCGCGUCAAGUUGGCUAUAAUCUUAUCCCAUUGUUUAAAUUUUGGGGUUUUCCUGUUUCGAAAUCUACUGUGGAAGUUCUUCACGGUUUAGAUGUUCCAAAGAUUACUGAUAAAUUCAUCGAAAUAGCACCCGAACGUUAUCGUAUCUAA